GUUAGACUUUGUACAACCCUUUUCACUUCACAUACAUGUACAUGUACAUGUAGAAACAAAAAGUAGAAUUGCUGCUCUAAUUAACCUCAAGUGUGUAGACUGGUGUACUAUAUAGUGUGGUCCCACUGUGUACACUGUAGCUAGUAGUUGAUUUAUUACGCCUCAGGUGUCCGCAUGCGCAACAAUCUAUGCGCAAGCGAGGUAUAUACGACAGUGUGUGUGUGUCGAUCUAGACUGUUGCAACUGCUCAAGGAUCAAUGAAUGCAAGUAAGAGCUUCUAUGGUUUCUAGUAGGAUUGUGGAUUUGCCGUAUAGCGCGAAAUUUUCGCGGAUUUCGUGGGUUGGAAUUCUACACGAAAAUUAAGUCCACGAAAAGUGUUCGUUAAUAAGAAUUACCUGCUAUCAUGUAAAUAUUUAAAGGCGUGGCUUCCGGUAAGCAGUCAUUCUGCGAACAUUGUGCAACGAAAUGGCUUUUAGAGGCCAAUCCACGAAAUAUAAGUGCCUCGAAAAUUUCGCGCUAUACGGUAUGUUAUGGCUAGUUUUGCUUACUUUGAAGAAGGCCAUUGCAGAUUAGCUAUAUUCUACCUAUAGUAGUUAGCUCUGCACUAGAACGCUAGCUACAAGAAUGAGAAGAGAGCUGCACCAUGCCAUUAAUUAUGGGCUUUGAACUUUUGGUAUCCUUUUAGCAACAAGCAUGAUCGAUCAUUUCCCACUUUUUUGCACCAGAUUCGCAUAUGCAGUAAUGUUGCAUCCAAUGCCUCCACCGAGGCAUCAGCAUCCGCGGUGGUUUCAUUAUACGUGUAUUACAGACGGUUACAUCUGUAAACACAUUUGCCUCAAUCCGCUUGCUAGGAAUAAUAGCCUGAGAAACUACUACAAAUUGACUUUGUGUGGCCUUACUACUGUUUUAUGGUGGCACAGUGUGUUGGUUAAUUAGAUUAAUAAUCACAUGAUUGACUGGGUAUCUGUGGUUUCGAUCUUACUGUCAGCAAAAACAUUCAGUGCUAUUCAAUAUCGUAUAAAGCAAAAUAGCUAAGAAGUAGGUGAAGUUAGACAAGGAGGUCUUAAGUAAAUAGCAAGUCUUUUACUUAGAUAAGUUAGCAAUCAUGUCUCAAGCAAGCAGCAACUCAAUUGGAUCACCAACAACUUCUCAAACCAACUUCGAUGAUUCAGGUAUCGCAGAAGAAAGGUCAGAUUCAAUUCCAAUUGCAGGAGAGGACAGUAAUGUUGGUGACAGUGAUCUUAUUUCUAAUUCUCUUGAUGUGAUACGGUGUGAAAAUGAAAAAAAGAACUCAGAAUUGACAAAGGUUAAAAGGGAAUUGUCUGAAAGCAAACUGAGUGAAGCACAGCUGAAGGAAAAAGUUGACCAACUUACAAAAGAAAUUAAGAAGCUCCAAGAAGAGAAAGAGUCUCUUGAGCAAGAGCUCCACCAAAAGAAGACAGAAACAGAACAAACAACAGAAGAACUGCAGCAGGAGAUAGCAAAACUUAAGUCCCAAUUGCAAGAAAGGGAGGCUGCAGUUGAAAGUUUUAAGGAUAAAUUAGCAAGUACUGAGAUUCAGAGCCGAGUAAAAAUAAAUGAACUCAAAGAAGAAAUCAAAUCUCUUCAAAAAGAACGAGAAGAGCUCAAUACCACCGUCACCAAACUUCAGGAUGACAAAGACAGACAGGAGUUGAAAAGUAGGGAGGAAAUUGUAUGUCUCAGGGAGGAUUUGAGCAAAAAGAAGGAUGAAGAAGCUGAACGACGUAUAGAACUCUCUACACUUCAAGUAGAAAUAUUGAAACAAAAACUCCAAAUCGAGAAGUAUUCCUCUCAAGAACUGCAGAAACAAGUUCAGGCACUACAGAUAUUAAGAGGCCAAUCGCCGACUGAAGACUCCGAAGUGCAUUUUAAAGUAGGCGAUAGUACACUCGAUCCACCCAAGCUAUAAGACAAGGACACUAUAAGACAAGGACACUAUAAGACAAGGACACUAUAAUAGUUAUACAUGAUAUUAUAGCUUGACUUUAACUGUUAUAAUCUACUUGUGUAUACAUACAUCUUUUUUGCUUCCACUUUUGCUUCUUGUAAAUAUAAUCACUGAUGUGCGGUAAAAUGUGCCACCUUGAUCUUGUGAUAAUUUCAGGACGGUACAAUGCUUACGAUAAUAAUGGGAAAAUUCAUGUUUACAAUGAAUGUUGCAAUCUGUGCUGUGCUUACGCCUCUCGGCAUGUUUUGCUUCGCUCAAAAAGUAUUAGAGUGUUAUAGAAGAGGUUUAAUGUGUUACGAAAUAAAUGUUGCCAUUUGCAAUUGUUGACAAUGAACGAAUACAUUAAUCAAGAGUGUCAUAGAAGAGGAGCUUAAUGGAAACAGAAGUCUAUAUCUGAUGGCUUGAUUCAUUAUCAUUUCCACUUUUUUUCCCCAUUCCCUGCAUAAAAUAUUGCAACUAUAUACAUGAUGUAUUUAAUAUAAUAGUCUGCUAGCUAGCUUCAUUACCUUAAAGCUUUGGUGCCUCCACCGAGGCAUCAGCACCCGCCGUGCUUUCAUGUUGAAUUUCAAGUGAGACAAAAAGGUUAAAUACUUUAGUUGUAUGUGUGGGCGUUGUACAUGACAUCAUGUGUAC